AUGUAAAACAGUUAAUAAUAGGUUAACAUGCCAUAAUCAAGAAUGAUUGGUGACCCUGCCUAAUCAUAAUACUUAUAAAAUUCAAUGGCUUAAGAUCCACAAUUUUUGAGUUAUUAAAAUUACAGAAACGAAAUUUAAGAAGAAGGAGAAAUUGUAGCAGAAACAGCCAAAUUAAGAAAAUUAUAUUUCCUUAUGCUACUUUAAUUCUUUAUAGUAAUUGUGUUUAGUUAUGUAAAUAAAUUAUUAUUUAUCAUAGUUACGUUUAGAAUCAUUAGAGGAUUAUUUUCAAAAGAAUUCUUAUUGGAUAAUUAUUCUUUCAAUUGGAUGUUUUUUGUUAUCAUUAGCUGCUUAUUUUACAAAUCCAGAUAACACUGCUGUAAAUGUAGUACUCUAUUUACUAUUUACAACAACUUUAUAUUUCUUUUUUAUUUCAUUAACUGCAAUAACAAAUAUUGAACAAUCCAUGAUGGUUGCUUUCAUGAUUUUUGGAUAAGUAAUAUAUAAAUUUUAUAAUUGUCAAGAUAUUUUCAUAAUUUUUAUCAGUGAUGCAAAGCAGAAUUGAAAUGUAUUAUCAUUAAUAGUCUUUAUAUGUAUUGGCAGGAGGACUUAUCAUAUUUUAAUUGUUCAUCAUUUAUUCUAUAAUUCCAUUCUUUGAAAUGAUUAUCACCUUAGUUUCAGGAGUUGUAUUUGGGUAUAUUUUUUUAAUUUUAUACUAGUUUCUUACUCAUUUAUAGUACUUAAAGUAAUUUAAGUUAAAUUAAAUCUGGUUCUUUAAAUGGAAGUGUUAGAGUUUAUGUUGAUUUACUCAGUGUAUUUUUUUAUUUGAAUUCAUUAAUGGCAGAUUUGUUUAGAAAAGAAAAAUAAAUUGAUAAAUGA